CUUUCUGAAUGUGGACCUAGUGUCUGUCAUUUUAUGUGAUGCUUCACCCUUCACCCUUGCUGUGGGGGCAUCAGCAGCCUUCGUACCUUUCUUACUACGCAUUCAUCAGCUCGACUGAUAAGCCUGACUGCCUUACCACACUCCCCUCCAACUUGGACUUCUUUCACUCCUGCCACUUUUCAUCAUUCCAAUCUCUCAAUCUCCCCAACUUUUGCAUGCGCUGUCGUCUUACCCCCACAAUCCCGUCCUGAGAUGCCUUACCGCGCGCCAGAGUACAGGUGCCGCUAACUUUGUUGAAUCGGCCGCAGAAAGAGACGACGAGUGCAGAAAGCGAAAUUUAAGAGUACUGGACUGCCCUUUCCUCAACCAUCUUUCCUUCACCAUCCGACAGCUUUCGACAGCGCACGGCUCGAUAUGGAACGAGAGCCAGUCAUGAAGGCGGAAGUCAGCACCUUCGACGAUGGGGACCAACAACACGAUGACGUCCACGGCGAUGUGGUCAAGCCUCCUCGCGCCUCGCUGGAGAUGGAACAAUCACAUCAUACUGCAUAUUCACAAUUACAUGAAUGGGCAGGGCAAUCGUCACAUUGGUAUAGGUCACAGAGUAUGCGGUCGCGCUCAUCCACCAUCAUUAUUGCGGUUGCGGCCCUCUUCCUCGUUGUAUACGGGACCUUCCACGCCGCCUCCAGUCCUUUACCUUACACAACCUCAUACGACGGGGCAUUCGCUCCCAUGUACGAUGCACUGAUAGCAGAGCCUGGCAUGUUCCCAUUGGACCUCCAAGCCGCCGUGCCGGCCGACAUAUGCGUAAUCUGCAAUUGCACCAUGGCUCCCAAGCUCUACGAGCCUUCAGCCGCCUACUCGUUCAUACCAGCAAGACCGCUUCAAAAGCACAUAUGGCCAGGAAAAAAUCAGGCGGACGUGAAUGAAUUUAUGCGUCAGACAAUUCUGGACAUGUACUGUGCGCAGCAGCACUUGGACAAAGCACAGGCGUUAAAGCUAUUACGCCGGUCGCUCCACAACCUUCCCGAUAUGAUGACCUGGUCACUCGGAUCGCUGGAAUUGAGAAAGCCCACCAUUUACAUGACGACGGCAACUUCGCCAAAUGGAAAGUCAGGGCCGCAGAGACAACAGUACUUUCGGCGGCACGGACGUGCGCUCCGUGCGUGGAUGGAUAAAGAAGCCAAGGCAGCGCAAAAGACAGGGUUCCAAGUUAUCUGGAUCGUGGCCGAGGAUGACACAGACAUCGAUCCCAUCGUCUCGCAGACGCUGCGUCGCGCUGGCGUGCCAUACGUAUACUUUGCGUACGGUCUGACCAAAGCGUAUGGGAAUGCGCAGAAGAACGCCGUCCUCCAGGUUGCAUAUUCUCUUAGCCGUCCGCAGCCACGCGGUCUGCUUGGGCACGGUCCCGUCUACGGCCUCGACGACGACAACAAGAUCCUCCCGGAACUCCUGACGCUCAUGACUAAGCUCGUUCGCGUUGGGGUGUUUCCGGUCGGCAACCUGCGCGCAGGGGACUGGGAAAAACCGACCAUCGACGACGGCGUCGUCACCGGCACCGACUCGCCGUGGCAGCGCAAGUUUUCGCUUGACUAUGGGGCCUUUGCGUUCAACAGCACGAUGCUUGGGACGAUGAUUUCAGGCCCCUCGUUCUGGAAGCACACUGGGUAUGGCGGCGAGGACCAGUUUGUGGCGCAGAUGGCGGGUAGCAUGCGCGACAUGGAGCCGUUGUGUGGGCAGAACAAGGAGCAGGACUGCCAUUUCGUCUGGCACAAUCAGGAACUAACAGAGCUGGAGCGGAUGACGGACGACGAGGAGGUUGCGUACGUAGAGGCGUUUGGCGCAGAGAAGCUGUUCCGGGAGCUGGGCUAUGUGGAGGAGAGUGAAGAGCCUCCGCCAGCGCGUUGAGCUUGCUCUUGUUGGUCAGUAGUAAUGUAUGAGACGCGGGAAAAACAAUUGUACAGCAUGGGCCACGGCGUUUUACUUCUUUGAACUCUCGUUGCAGCAAGGCGGGCGCUGUCAUGUUUGAGUAAAUUCUUUGGAUGGGGAUAUUAGAUACUCUUCGCGUUUAUGAUCGUCAACCUGCUUCCAGGUUGGCUUCACAUGGAG